AUGGCUCUUUUCACUGCGCGGCGCAAACUAGCGACAAUUCUGAGCAAAACUCUCUCUUCGUGUUCAUCUUCAUCUUCUUCGUCGUUUUCUACGCUCUCUUCCCGUUCUCGAUUCGCCGGGCCUUUAGUUGACAAGGUUUGCUCAGCCCGAACUGGAUUGGGCCCGUGUUACAUAGCGACCCGACUCAAGACAUCCGGGUCGGGAUACUCUCCUCUGAAUGAUCCUUCGCCGAAUUGGAGCAACCGUCCGCCGAAGGAGACGAUUCUCCUUGAUGGUUGCGAUUACGAGCAUUGGCUCAUCGUCAUGGAGUUCACCGAUCCCAAGCCUACUGAGGAAGAGAUGAUCAACUCUUAUGUCAAGACUUUAACUUCAGUUUUGGGCAGGCAAUAUCCCGAUGAGGCAAAGAAGAAGAUUUACUCGGUUUGCACUUCGACAUAUACUGGUUUUGGAGCUUUGAUCUCUGAAGAGCUUUCUUGCAAAGUCAAAGGAUUGCCUGGUGUUCUCUGGGUCCUACCAGAUUCCUAUCUUGAUGUACCCAACAAAGACUAUGGAGGUGACUUGUACAUCGAAGGAAAGGUCAUACCCAGGCCACAGUACAGGUUCACUGAACAGCGCCCAAACAGGAGGCCUAGGCCUAGGUACGACAGGCGCCGUGAGACGAUGCAGGUGGAGAGAAGAGAGCCAACACAGAACUGGAACCAAAAUCAACCACCAACUUCCAUGGCUAAUCAAGCUGCAGCUACUAAUCCCGGAGAGUUAAACAAGCCUGGUGCUUAA